UUAUUAAGUCUUUAAUUAGUUUUGUGAAAAUAUUUUAGUUCUGAAUUCUUUUACAGGUCCACCUUUUGUAUAUAUUGAAAAUAAGACAAAACAUAAAAGGAGGCAUGUUUCCGGCGAUAUUCCUUAUGUGAAUUUGAAAUGUAUUCCCUCUGGUUGGUUCGUAUCAGACAGUGUGGCCUGGUUUAAAGACGGCGCUGUCUUGUUCUCGGGAAGUUUCGAGAAUCACUUAUCUAUGUCUUUGAAAGCACCAAUUGAACCAGAAGCCAUAGUGCAGUUCCAAGGAUAUUAUUGGUGCUCUGUUGACUUAACAAUCCCCUAUAAGCAAAUUUACUCUCCUAAAAUAUUGGUUAGAAAUCCAGGGCUGCACACGUUUGUUCUAUAUAUGACAUCAGAAAUAGAAAAUUUCAGCAACUGUUCGCAUUUACUAUCAUUGAAGCUUUCUUAUAUUGACGAACUAAAUGAAUGUUUGAAAGAAUUUUUCCCGAAAGAAUCAUGGUUUGCUCUGAAAGAUGUCACUUGCACUACUUCUGAGUUGCAUAUCUAUGAACAUAUUCAUAUUAGGAAAGAUUCUGGAGAUGAAGAAGAAUUACGAAGAAUCUUUGAAGAAAGAAGAAAAGAUAAUGAUAAAUUAGCUGGCAUAUUGAAAAAGCUCCUCAUAAGCAAAGAUAAUACUCUUUUCAGAAGUACAGUUGUUUGCCCCAGAGAAGAAUCCAGUUACGAUGGUUAUAACCUUACUUGGCCUGAAACCCCUAUUGGACAAAGCGCUUUGUCUGAACAAAUGUGCAUUACAGCCGACGGCGAUGCUGUUGAAAGGCAGUGUUUAGGAGAUUUUAAUACGGGAGCAUAUUGGAGUUCAGAAGUAAAGAAUUGCGGCAAUAUCCAGUCUGAAGUAACAAUGAAUCUGUAUAAACUGUCGAAAAAAGAUAUAUCUGAGGACAAUAUUUUAAACUCUACACUGACUAUGGAAAGAUUAACGACCAGUUCUGAAGAAAUAAAUUCGGCUGACGUUAAAUACAUUGCGCAAAUAUUAGAGAAUGUAGCUGAUGUACCAGCCAUUGAAUCUGAAAUUUUGGAACCUGUUGUCAAUACUGUAGACACAGUUAUAAAAGCAAUUUCAACAUUGGAUAAAAGAUAUUCUUUAACACGUGCAUCUACUAGGGCUGUUUCUUCAAUGGAAAAUAUUUUAUCGAAUGCACAGACCGACGGCAAAACCGUCAAAGCUGCCAGAAAUAAUAUCGCUGUUUCUGCAAUCCCUUUAAAUGACAAUGCUACCUCUGCUCCUGUUGGAGGUGUUUUAGAGAACUGGGGCUCUAAUAUAACACAAAUAGUAAACGACAGCAAUCGAUGGUCUAAUACUUGGUUCGAACAGCAAGGAACAUUCGAAGCUGCUGUACUUUUUCCUAGAAAAUUGUUUUCACAGGAAUUAAAUCAUAGUGCAACUAAUAUGGCUCUUGCUAUUCGGAAGAACAUGCAUUUUCUUAAAAACGCAAAAGUUAUUAGUCCUGUAAUUGACGUCGCCAUAGGAAAUGAACAUAUAUGCAAUAUUGAUCCUCCCGUACAGAUGGUUUUUAAAGUACCGAAGAACAGUUUUAAAAGGAAGCGCUCCUGGGGAUGCGUAUUCUGGGAUAAAAGAUUGAAUUAUUAUGCUGGCGGGUGGUCUUACAAAGGCUGCAAUUCAAUCUUAAUCAACUCCACGCAUGUGCGCUGCUUCUGCAAUCAUCUAACAAGUUUUGCCGUUGUCAUGAGACUGAAUCAUGGACAUAAGUUAACAAAAGUCCACCAGAAACUCUUGAGUGUCAUCACUUACGUUGGCUGCUGUUUGUCAAUAUUGGGACUAGGAAUCAUCAUACUCACGUUUCUCUUAUUCAAGAAAUGGAGAGUCGAUGUAAGGCACAAGGUGCUAUUCAACUUUGCCCUAGCCUUGGUUUCAUUUCUGUUAAUUUUCAUAAUCGGGAUCGAACAAACCAGAUGGAUAUAUGGUUGUAUGGCAAUUGCGGUUCUUCUUCAUUAUUUCAUGCUGGCGUCUUUCACUUGGAUGCUCGUGGAGGCAUUCAUUCAGUAUCUCAAUUUGGUGAAAGUUAUCGGAACUUAUAUUCCAAAUUUAAUACAGAAAGCAAUGAUCUUUGCUUGGGGAAUUCCUUUUGUAAUCGUUGUAAUCAUACUGGGCGUAAACACCGAUUUCUAUUUCAAUGAACACAAACAUUGUUGGUUAUCUGACAAAGGAUUCUACUAUGGUGUGGCUGCUCCUGUGAUACUAAUGCUGCUUAUAAAUUAUGUAACAUUUGCUGUAAUCCUAUAUUUUAAUACUUGUGGGCGAGCAACAAAGCAAUUGAGAUCAAAUCAAACGGAAAGACAAGAAUUGAUUAUCCGGGCAAAGGCUGUGUUCUGCGCAUCAGUAUUAUUAGGUUUAUCUUGGGUAUUUGGAUUUCUAGCUGACAUUAAGGGAGCUGAAUUGAUAUGCGAAUACAUAUUUGCUGUCACGACUACACUACAAGGAUUCUUGCUCUCCAUUUUCUUUGUAUUCCGACGGAAGAACACAAGAGAUUUGUGGAUCAGUGUGGUGAAAAAGCAUUUUGAAUCUGAAGUUAAUCAAAAGACAAGUGGUGUCUCAAGACAGCUAUAGAAGAGAGUAGCAGAAAGCAAACUAAGAAUAUAUGAAAUCUUCUAAGAAAUAGAAUGUGAUGGUGCGAGUAACAUACCCCAUUUUUGGUGACCAAACUAGCCUCCGUAUCUUAUGGUUUGUAAUUUCUAGCUUUGGAUUAAAUUAUAAACACUUCGUAGUUGCCAUAUUGCAAGCUAUGUUGAAUGAACUCCAGGACCAUAUAGCAAUGGUUUUAAGAAAAUUGAAAUCUCCACCACAUCUGCAAAAAAUCAGACUAUCAUAGAGAUUAUGUUGUUGAAAGAUAAAAAGACUAACUUUUGUAACUGUCCAAGAAAGAAAGUGAAAUGUUCUCUUUUUCAUGAGGUAUUGCUUAUUCUAUAAUUGUAGUAUUUUUUGAAAUAGAGUGAGUGAAAAUUUGAUUUAUAUUUUACCAUUAUUCUGCCCAUGUAUUAUUUAUAGCGUUAAUGAGAAAAACGAUGAGAAAAAUCAAAAUCUUCCCUACACAUUCUAAAAAGGUCAUUUCUAUAUAAAAAUAAAACAAAAUUAUGCUCAGAAGAAAUUGCUACUCAAAGUUAGAUUUCUAGUGCAAAAAGCCAAUUGAACUUAAAAACUUAGUAGGGCUGAACAAAAUUUGUGUAGAUUCAUAAAAAAAUAUUUAUUGAUCUAUUAAUUUAUUUCUUGAAAAGGAGAAGUCUGCUAAGAAUAUAUAAACAAAUGUAAUUUUUG